GUUGUUGUGCCGGUAGAUGGCGAAAUAAAGCGGUUGACAGCCUCAGCUGCCGAACGCCGUCGGUUAAUGUCUGAUGAGACGAGGAUGAUGUGAUCAUGUGUUGACCGCGUAUUUCAGUUUACCCUCACAAAAGGAGCAUCAUCAGACGACAGCACAACAUAGAUACACCACACACACACAUAUAGAGAUCUACAUCAAUGGAUUUCGAUUGCUGGCUUCAGAUUUUCUCUAAUUCCAAAGAUCUUUAAAUAGCCAAGAUGGAUUUCAUCAAGAUAUUGUUUCCAUGGCUUGAUUGAAGCUUUGGAAACAUGUAAGUCCUGCCCUAUGCAACUAACAUGUGUGUGGAAAAAAGCUGACCUCAUUAUCAAGGCUAAUGGAGCAUAAAAGAGUCCACACAGGUGAACGCCCUUAUGUUUGCCAGGUCUGCCAGAAAAGGUUCACACAGAAGGCUCAUCUGGUCAUCCAUAAGCGUACACACACAGGAGAGAAACCGUACGCCUGUCAUAUUUGCCACAAGCGAUUUGCCCAGUCGUCGCAUCUGAAUAACCACAAGCGCAUCCACACGGGGGAGAAACCUUACUUUUGUAAUGUGUGCAACUUAGGCUUUAGUCGGAAACAGAGACUGGAGUUACACGUACUACAACAUGCACAGCAGAAGAGUGCAAACAGUCAACCAAUAAACAAUAACGAUGAUGUAAACAGUACGAACAGUAAUGAUAACAAAUCUGUUGCAUUUACGUCGGAAGCUGAAGCUGCGUACCAGCGUCCUCUAUUAGAUUCUACACAGUCACAGGCUCAAAUAUCUGCAGGUAUUGGUGAUGCUGGAAUACAGACUAUGAACUUUUCACACCGACGUAAGCCAGCAUUUGUCACCCGUGUAAGUAACGAAGAAUAUGAAAUUAUGCAAAACAAUUUUGAAUCUCAAACAGCUCCAGACCAAGAUGAUGGAGGUUUCUCUUUGUCAAGUCUAACUUCAGCUCAUCAUUCCUCGUUAAUGAAGUCAGAACCAAAAGACUUUGAUGAAUUUGAAGCAAUUACUCAUGAACUAGAAGCAAUUGCUCAUCCAAAUAUUAACCAAGUCAUGAGCUCAGAAAAUCUAAUGGUCCGCCAGGUGGAUCCCCUUGAUCAAGAUGAGAAUGACCAACCCAAAUCUCUAGAAGAUUCUCUAGUCAUACACCUCGAUGGCACAACUCAUUCAGAAGUACUCCGUGAUGUGCAUUCCAGUACUGAGCCUGAUGUUGGCGUUAUGUGUGCAGUGAGCACAACAGACAUGCACCAUGCUCAAGCGGGAGAUGAUGGUGAUAGCAUAACAAGUGAAAGCAACAAUUCAAACUGUGAGCAAAGCUUAACAAGCCGUGCUCCGAAAAGAUCAAUUCUUGGUCACCAUUCAGUUAAAACAUCUAAGUCACUCAAUUCCCAAACACAUCUUAACAGACACCGAUCAUUACUUCCCAACAGAACUACAUCAGUGUCGACAAGUUGUUCUUCAUCUUAUGCACGGAUUAACACCCGAGUGUGUCUGGUGGACUUCUCCACUGAUGAGCUCAUCACUCACCUCAUGUCUCGUGAUGAUGUCUAUCGGUGCGACUUCUGCUGUUUGCUAUUCCAAGAUGCAGCAAUGUAUCAUCUUCAUCGAAGCAUGCAUGACAAAAUGGACUGUCGUUGUUGUAAUAUCUGUGGCAAGCUUUCUAAAGACAAGCAUGACUUCAUUGCACAUUUCCUUACUGAACAUAAGUAAGAGAUCAUUUCUGUCAAUCAUUUCAUCAAGAAUGGCAUCACCAAUCAUGUUCAGAAUCAUUUGUAUCUGUAUAUUCAUGUUUCCAAUAGUUUUCCAAAUCUAAAUUCAGGAUUUCUAAAAUUAAAACAAUACUUUUUUUUUUAAAUUUAAUAUCCUCUCUCUCUCUUAUUUCAAAUCUAAUAGAAAUUUGUUUGAUUUUUCAAUGUCUGUAUUUGUAAGGUCGUUUAUCUUUAUGAAGUCUUCUAUAUGUAUUAUACAUGUCUGUUUUCUCCUGAUGCAGGGGAUGAAAUAACAGAGUGGAUGAGGAAUAUCAGCUCUUGGGUGAUAAGUCUUGUAUAAUACACAGGCCUUGUUAUUAAUGAUAGACAAGUGUUGUAUCCAAGGAAAAAUUUGCUUCUUGUGUGCUAGAAAACCAGGGUUAAAAAAACCCCUAUGAAUAGUGUUUAAGAAGGGAAUAAAGUGACUGAUAUGAUAUACACUGUCUAAAUAAAUA